AUGCCUUCCGCCUGCAGAACCGAUAGGACAGAAAUUAAAUCAACCCAUACGCACAAUGAGCUCGACGACAGAGGAGAUAGAUACCACAGUCACCACUCAUGUACCAUGAUUGGUGCGUAUGAGCCAGAGCGACGGAACUCAAAAUAUCAUGGCCUCAAUUUGAUUAAUCUUGGAGCCUCAAUGAUCUUACCAGUGACUGGGUCUGCCCAGGCAGAGGCAAUGUGCUUUUUUAACGAUAUCUCGGUUAAGCAUCUGAAUGAAUACCGCCCUUGUGAAUCAUGGCGGAAGACUCUCAUGCUUUUCUCUCAAACAGUGCCAUCGGUACGACAUGCUUCAAUUGCUCUGGCUAUGGUUCACAAAAGGUACUUAGAACUUCAUUCAAAUGACCGAGUUCAUCAACGGUAUUUUCCGAAAGACCAGCUACUGGACAAAGCUUGCUUGCGUCACUAUAAUCGCGCCAUCCAGCUUCUGCUCAAGCCGGAAAGUGGCGACAGUGCUGAAAUAAUAGCUGUCACCCUUUUGGUCUCCUAUCUAUUUACCUGCUUUGAUCAUCUGGUGGGCGACGAUGUACAAGCAAUGAAACACCUGCGCGGGGGUGUCGAGCUCUCACGGAACAUCGAAAACGCUACAUUGUACAACGAUACCUAUCCCAAUUCCCAACCAUCGGGAGUCCACGCGAUCAUCUGCCAGGUUACAAAACAGGUUCGCCGUCUUGACAUGCAAGCCAGUAUGUUUCUGGUUGACUGGAGUCCAGCAAACAUCCAAGAGACAUUCGCGUCCAAUCUUUCAGUCUUCGAUACUUCCUUUUCAUCACUCGAUCAAGCUGCCGAUCACCUCCAGAUUCUCGUUGCUGAGGUAAUGAUGCUGUGCAACACACAACAACAAAUGUGCCCGACAGGUACGGCGCCAACCUUACCUUAUUCGCUCAAGGAGAAAUUGAUCAGGCGAUUGGAAACGUGGUCGAGUCUCUUCGAAAAUCUCCUGCAAGAAUGCGGUUCCUCUGAGCCAGUUUUUGAAACUUACCGUCUCAUAUCACUCCUACGCUUACAACAUAAAAUCGCCUGGAUUCUUCUCAGCAAUUACGGACUUGAUGGAGAAAAAGGAUAUGACAAUUUCCUGCCCCAGUUCCAGCAAUGCGUUGCCUUAGCGAGCGAAGUCGUGGAGGCGCAUCAGCGGUAUGCGGGGUCAUCAAGGUCGACAUUCACGCCGGAGAUUGGAAUGAUUCCCAUUCUCUACAUAAUCGGGGCCAAGUGCCGUCAUCCCACUGUCCGCCGUGAAGUCAUCAGUAUUCUACGACGGCAACUAAUACGGGAGGCGGCUUGGGAUAGCAUCACUACUGCUAGGGUGGUUGAGCGGAUAAUUGAGAUUGAAGAGGGUGCGGCUAGGGGAGAACAAAGCAUGGAAGAAAUCCCCGUAUGGUGGAGGAUAGAGGCAUUGUCUUACACGCGUAUUCCAGGUGGACAGUCUGCGGCUGGGUUGGAUAUCAUGUAUACAUUCUGUGGCCGGGAGGGAAUACAUACUGAGUCUCUUGUGAUGUAA